UCGUAUUUUCUUCCAUUGACUCUCCAAACCAAACAAAGCUCAGAUAUUUUCUUAGCCAUGGCAGAGGUAGAGCGAGAAGAGGUUGAACUUGAAUUAGGAUUAUCAAUUGGAGGAAGAGGAAGUUUCAGAAAAUACGAAACGUCAACUAACCCCAAUAUUGGCUUUAAUUUAGAAACGAGAGAAAUUAGUACCUCGCCGGUGCCGGUACCGGAGAGUGAUCUUCUUGAUGCGAAGACGAAACGUGAGAUUCACGCGAUGAGGAGACAAGAGGCGAAGAAGAAACGACAAGAGAAAAGGAAUCGAGGGUUAAGAAACUCGAACAAUAUCUCUCCUGUAACAGAGAAUCAAAAUCAAGAUCGCGAUGAUGAACAAAGAGCCAGUAAAAGAGAGAAGAUUAAUAUAAAUGGGUCGCAAAUGAGUAAUAUUAGCGAAGCACUGCCAAAUCAGUACCCUUACACGUCGUUUCAGUUCGUUCCGUACACGAAUGGGUAUCCGUACCCAUACAUGAUGCCGUGGUGGACGCCAAACGCAGGUUCUAAUCUAACAAAUGUGGUUCAACCCAUGCCUUGUCGGGUCGGAUUCGGACCCGAUUACACGGGUUCGGAUAAGAGCGGUGAAAAAACAGGGGGUGAAGAUAGGAAAACGACGUCGUAUGGUGGUUCUACUAGUUCUUCUACUGUAAUUUCAGAUAGUAAUAGUUCUGAAACUACUAAUGUUUCUGAAUCAGUGGUUGAAACUAGGGUCGAUGAUCGGAAACCGCCGAAGGCUCCGGUUCGAAAUCGGAACGAAGGAGCUUCUCAGUUGCAACAAAUGCCUUACGUUUCAACUAAAGGUGAGGGUCCAAAUGGGAAAAGAGUGACUGGUUUUUUGCUUAGAUAUACAAAAUCUGAAGUGAAUAUAGUCUGUGUUUGCCAUGGAACUGCAUUCUCACCGGUGGAAUUCGUUGAACAUGCCGGCGGUACUGACGUAUCUAACCCUUUGAAACACAUCACUGUUAUCCCUUUUGAGUAAUAGUUUAUUUAUUUUUUUCAAAAGAAUUAGGAUUUUUUUUUUCUUUUUAAAAAAGGGAAAAGAAAUAGUACAUACAGUGAAUUUAAUAGUUGACAUUAAUCAAAGAUGUGUUGAUUAUUUAUUUA